AUGAGAAUUUACCUUUCUGAAGUUUUCGCAGCAGGCUUGUUUUGGUUAUUUCUAUCGAGCGCCAUCGGUGAAUACAACACGGAUGAGAACGUAAAAGAAGUGAAAAUUGGCGUUUUGGUACCAAUGACCGGUUACUGGCCAAUCGGCAAAACAUCUGCGUCCGCUAUUACCAUUGCAGUGGACAAAAUCAACAGAGAUCCCACUCUUCUCCUAGGGUACAACAUGACGUUUCUAUGGAAUGAUUCCAUGUGCUUAGCCGCCGAAGGACUGAACCAAGCGGUGGAGUUUCGAAUUUCUGGAGUGGACGCCAUCAUAGGAGACGGAUGCGACAUUAUUUGUGAACCGGCUGCCAUUUUAGCGGCGUCGUGGAAUCUGCCUAUGAUAUCCUGGGGCUGUGAAUCGAGUAAGCUAUCAGAGAAAAGCAUUUACUCGACGUUCGCCAGAACGGUGGGAUCUUUCUCCAAAAUGGGCGGCCUGUUCAUGUCCGUACUUGGAUACUUCAAAUGGAAAAGUAUUGGAAUUAUAGCGUCUACAGAGAGCAUAUGGCAACUGGCCAUGACUGGCCUGAUGAAGGUGUUUUUACAGCACGAUAUUGACAUUCGCUAUAUACACACUCUCAAUCCUGGGCAUGUACUCGUCACCGAGCGAGAGGAGUACAAGAGCGUGUUGAUGCUUGCUAAAGAAACAGCCAGAAGUAAGUGAAAAAAUGGUUCAAAGAAAGGAAGAGGGCUCAUUUUUUACUUUUUUGUUCCUCUUUUUCAGCAAUUUUUAAAGCAAUCCAUUGUUAUGAUGGAAAAGCUAACAAGAAAUCGUUCUUUUAGUUGUUUAGGUCCCCGAGAAAUAAGAUCUUUUGUGGCCCAUUUAUUUUCUGCAAAAUAUGUUUUUCUUGUUUUAGCCAGUACCUAUGCCACCAAAAGCUGUUAAUUUACUCCAGCGGGUAAAUCAGAACGACGAAAUGAACUGGGGACUAUCGGAAAUUUGGAAAAAAAAACAAAAACAAAUUUUAAAAAAAAAAAUGGAAAGAGUAGGAAAACUGGCCCCAGCUAAUGUUGCAUAAGAUAGCACAUAGCGUUAGCACAUAAAUAACAUGAUUAACUAGAAGAUAAUUAACUACGAUAGAUGGAACCAUUAAGAACCAUAAGAAGCAACAGCACCGGCGCAUGGAACAAGCUUUUCCAGUUUCUGACAUUGAAAAGGGCCUCAGUGAGACAAACAAAUUUUCACUGUUAGCCAUGAGCUAAGUUAACCGUAAAAUAUUUCCUUUUAAUCACAAAUAAAGGUAGUUAAUCGUGUACCGCAAAGUCGUAAAAGCCAUCAUGAUGUAUUUUACUCUGCCAUAGUCUUUAUAAUGCUGUGUUACGGAGGCGAUAUAAGAGCUCUAAUGCUGUUCGCUCAUGAUCUGGAUAUGCUCAAUGGAGACUAUGCUUUCCUGACCGUCAAUCUGUUGCCUUCUGCCGCCAUUGGAAACAACACCUUCAUGGGUAAUGACGGCAGAGAUGCCGAGGCUGCGCUGGCGUUCAGGGGAAUUCUGAGCAUUCAUGUUCGAGAGCCGACCACAGAACUAUGGCAACAAUUCACGAAAGAGGUUAAAGAGAAACUCGAGGACUACCCCUUUGAAAUUCAGCUUGAUCACAGUGAAAAGGUAUGAGGAGAUUAGGGCAGAUUGGGGCCUAACGAGGUUUAGUAGUUGGUCCAUUAUGGAAGGGUACAGAUUGGUCAAAAAUUGGCAGAAAACGAGAUAAUCUUAGAGAACUUGCUUCGGGAGCAUGAAGAAGUGAUUAAUUUACGUGUUCAGAGACUAUAAAGAAAAUGUUGAUAUUUUAUCACCGACUCGUGUAUAUUUUAAAAAAACCAUUUCAACUCAACUGAGGUAUGCUGUCCGCUGAAUUGCAGAGACUGUCGAUGGCAAUAAUAUUGAUGAUAAUAAAAAAUAAUUAAUCUAAAACACGAAUUGAAAUAAGCGUUUAAACUAAAAAUGUUUCAAUUAACCCUUUACAACCUGACAUCAGCAUGUAUAUUCUCCAUACUGUUCGCUAUACAUUCCUCCUGAGACUAACAAGAAGAAUUUGUUAAACAAUCAUGAGCUUUUUUUAAAUGGCGACCGUUUCUUUGAUUCUCGAGACCCAGAAGUUUGCUUCAACAGUGAUGUUACAAAGAGAAAUUGGUUGUUAGUCACUUUAAGGAAUCAAGGGUUAGGAAAACAAAAACCAUAUCACAAAUUUUUCUCUUAAAUGUUACAGUUCAGGUCGCCUUAGUUGUUUGUUCUCUCACUCUAUUAAGAUUGUUAUUCCAAGUCCAUAGUGUUUGAUCGUGAGCAGUCACCGGAUCCCCAUCUACGGUUUAUCCACUAACUGCGUUCUUUUUCGGUGUAGGUGGAGGUGUACGCUGGAGCUAUAUACGAUGCUAUUUAUUUGUACGCCAUUGCGCUGAAUGAGACCUUAGCAGCUGGAGGGGACAAAAAAGAUGGACAAGCUAUUGUGCACAGAAUGCUCAACAUGGAAUUUGAAGGUUCGUGUUUGUUUGACACUGAAAUAGCCCAAGUUCCAUAUGAAAUAAGGAACUUGUGCGUUAUAGAACUUGAACUUGUGCACGAAAUCGAGAUUCUUUGAGGUAGAAAGAAACUGGGUCGAGUGCAUGAAAUCGAGAUUCUUUGAGGAAGAAAGAAACUGGGUCGAGUGCAUGAAAUCGAGAUUCUUUGAGGUAGAAAGAAACUGGGUCGAGUGUAUGAAAUCGAGAUUCUUUGAGGAAGAAAGAAACUGGGUCGAGUGCAUGAAAUUGAGAUUAUUUAAGGAAACUCCUCGGAAACAAAGAAAGAUUAUAAACUAGUCAUUUUAAACAGUUGUAAACUGUUUGAUGCUUAAUUUAAAAUUUAAACAUCAAUUUCCGAGUUCUUUUUUCGAGUUCGCAUUCAAGAUUGCUCCUUUGUUUCUUUAUGAUUUUGAACACUUUUAAUUUGGUCAUUUUUGAUAAACCAGGUGCCUCGGGGACAGUUCGAAUCGACGAAUCGGGUGAUCGUGACCCAGAUUAUUCUCUCAAGUAUUACGUGAAUGGAAGUUUCCAGAACAUCGCUGAUUACAAUCACUCCACUGGAGGCUUCAAUUUAAGAGGUAAUCCCAGACGCAUCGAGACAGAUCUAUUCUCAGUUGAGCGUCACAUGUAAUCCACACCACCCUCUCAACCAAUCAGAUACGUAACUAAAUCCAAUCGCUUCAGGCAAUUAGUGUUCAGUAUUUCCUUCCCUAAAACAUCGAGCUUUGGCCAGUCGUGUCAACACGGCCCAAAGAAGCAAUGAAAACCCAAAGCCAAUGCAGUUUUUUUGGCUCGAGAUUCAAUUUAAAAUCUUCAUCAUACAUCUACUUAGAUGAUGGGUGGGGAGGAGAGAAGCUAUUUAAGAAAUUCCUGUUGUUGGUAAGAAACGUGCUGAUGUGACUUCACUUGAUAGACGUGAGAGUGAUCUGGGCAGGAGGACGCACAAAUCCUCCUCUUGAUAAGCCAAGGUGUGGAUGGGAGAAAGAAUUGUGCCUCGAGCAAGGAAGAGAAGGUAAGAAUGCAUUCACUUGCUGAUAUCGUAUCAGCGUGGUCAAAAGAAAUUCUCUUGCGAGAGUUGUAAGAAAUCUCGGAUUGCAUAUAUUUCGUUUUUCUUCCCCAUGCGAUAGUCGUAGAAAACUGGUGCCACCCUCUCACCUAGCAAUCGGAUCCUAAAGUGGAAGCAAUCUCCACAGUGUCACUCAUGCCGGUUUCCGAGCUUUUAGCAGUUCGCUUGAUUUACUCCUUGGUUCCUCGUGAAAAUCCUCUUGCAAUUACUUUGCUUUUGGUCUUACGACACUCACAUUAAACCUCUAUGACUUCAAGUACAUCUGCAGUAUGUCUGACUGAACGACAUCAUCUUUCGAUUUAGUCACCAGGCUUAAGAACACAUCAUCUUCUUUACAUUAUUCUUCAUUUUUCCUCUCUUUUCAAUCUAGCAACUCAACAGUUGGUCAAUGUAGUCAUUGGAGCGUCUACCGCUGGUGUCGUGGUGUUAGCACUUAUGUUUUUCCUCAUCAUCAGGUAAGUAAUUUAUUCUCUAAACCCACGACGUUACGAUUCCUAUGCUGCAUAUACAGUUAACACGAUGACUCCCUGAAAUCUAGUAACGCACAUGUGACGCCUCUGUCCCUGGUAUCCAAAGUAGGAAGCGAUUUCCGGCAUUGCAUCCUCUCCCCAACCCUCCCCCUCCAACCCCACACCUCAAACUCCCACCUAGAUGGAAGGAUAAUCCAUUGCAAGUUCUCCAUGAGCAUUAUGGAUUUGUUUCCACAAAAGAUCACGAUAUUCCCUUUGUUUUCAUGAAGUCGCCUGAAUUACUAACGCAUGCUCUUAGUAGAGAAAGACGCUGAAGUGAACUAAGCAAACAUACAUGCGAAACUCCCAGAUUCAUCACACAAGAGAAACUCUAUAUUCUUAGGCAAAGUCUUCAAUAACUAAAAACUUAACUCAAGAAUAGAAUCUUUUUUAUCUCUGACAAAAUAUAAUUUGAGUAAACUUAUUCGCUUGUAGGAAACUUCGCUAUGAAACAGAUCUGGCGCAGAACAAGUCAUGGAAACUUCGUUAUGAUGAUCUGCAUAUUCAAGAUCACAGUGGAUCAGGAGAAGCACAGUCACAGGGAGUGACAACUUUCAAGCGGAGUCCAUCGACUGUUCGUCCCCUUCCAGUGAGUUUCCAUGUUGUAACCAUUUUGACAAUAUACAUGAAAAAAUUACGCGCUUCGGAUUGGCUGAAAACGAGUGCAUUUUUCGUGUCACAUGAGUCCAAAUUACAAAUACCGUACGUGUGCUGGCAAAAUUUCGUUCGUCUUGACUUCAUGUGAUGCGUUUUUCAUGUAAAUUAUUAACAAAUAACCUAAUGAUUUCUCGUACAAAUUGGUGUAAAUAAGCACAUAUAAAUUUUUCAAAGACUAGACGAGUGCAUGUAGAGACUGCAUUCCGAUUGAGUGUCAUAGAACGAAAACCAAAGUAAUCACAGAAGUCAAUCAAGAUAAAGCAAAAUAUCAUACAGAGCCAGUGAGAACUUAAAGUGGAAAAAAAAGGUUAAUAGUUGAACGAUCAGUCUGAUCUUUCGAGUUAGAGUGGUCUAGAAAAGGACCGUAACCGGUAAGUCCUCGAAAGUCAUAAAAUUUGAAUAAACAACAACAACAAAAAAAGCGUUUACUACCUGGUCGUUUUCAAAGUAUUUCGCGACUAAAUUCUCGAUGUUAAGUCAGGGAAAUGGAAUUCUACGAUUUCAAAAGAGGGGUAACCUUUCAUUUCACUAACUUGACCUUUCAGAAAACAGAGACCAAGGAAGAGUUGAACGUGAACACGAUCAAAGCCGUCAAGCCUUUCACCAGUCCACUGAUUCAAGAGGAGCAAACUACAGCCGCCUCCAACGCAUCAGCAAACACAGAGCAAAUCUUCACCACAAUCGGAAACUAUCAAGUAAGAAAAUUACGAAGCCGGGACGGUCUCGUGGGUAAAGUAGCUAUUUACUCAAAGUGACGGAGAGGGAAGGCAAUACAUCAAGCCAGACCUUUUGAUACAAAGGAUCCGUCGUUAUUUUUCGCAAGGGGGGUAAUGGAGGAUUUAGGGGGUCAUAUGGUUUUCCAGGGGGAACGAACGAGGGAUCAGUCGUUGCCAAAAGAGUAUAAGGGAGGGACUAUGGAAGAUCGACUGCCAAUUAACUGCCACUGAGGAGGUGGUUCAUAAGAACAUUAGAGGAACGAGGGACCUUGCAAACGUGAAAGUCGGUGGAUAUCAUUGAAAAAUGCGAAGGUAGCGCCUGUUAGGUGUUUGAGAGCCAUAUUUAGCUAGAAAUAGAAGUUCGAAAUGUGGUUUAAUCAUUUGGGUCUGAUAGCUUUGAAUUUUCUUACAUCUGUUCGGCCUUUUUCUUUUUUUUUCAAGGGUCGAACUGUAGCAAUAAAGCGGUUGAACAAGAAAACUGUUCACAUGACUCGAGAAAUUCUUAUUCAGCUCAAACAGGUUAGUAAAUAUAUAAGCCUUUAGAAAUCCACUGUCGCACAAGUUGUUUUAGAGCAUGGAUAGAGAUUCAAAGAACUGUAUUUUCCCUUAACGUUUCAGAGAUAUAAGUGAAAAAUCGCAGACUUGUGAGGUGUUUCUGUGAUGAGUUUAUCAUGAUAUGGUAACUGGGGUGUUACAGCUACAGACAACGGUCAACACCUUUUCUGCCUGAAGCGGGAUUUAUACUCAUGACUUAUUCAGCUUUUUAUUUUUUCUUUUGUGAAAAUUAAUAUUCUGAUCUAUGCACCUUAGUUUAUCACCAUGUAGUCACGUUACAUUACGACGGUGUCGUAGUGCACAGUAACUGAAUAACAUUUUCUUUAAGGUACGGGACAUCAGCCAUGAAAACCUGAACCCCUUCAUUGGAGCGUGCAUCGAGUCACCCAACAUUAUGAUGGUUUGGUCGUACUGCAAAAAGGGAAGCUUAAAGGUAAGUACUUAUACAGUUUUAUUGGCAUCAACCCUUUAACCCCUUCAAUAUAAAGGAAAUAAUCACCAACUGAAGAAGCUCUUGAUUGUUAAAUUCAUGCUUUUCAUGGAAUGUUGUUCAUUUAUUUUGAUUAGGACGUCUUGGCUAACGAUGAGUAUAAGAUCGACUAUGGAUUCAAACUGUCCAUGGCCAUCGACAUCGCGGCGGUAAUGAGAUCAUUUAUUUUCUUUUCUAUCAUGCCAAUGUGUAACCGUAUAUUUAUUUUAAAAAAGUGUUGUAGAAGAAGUUUAAAUGUGGUGAUAAAAUCACGGGAACACCCUCCAGGGACUAUUGUACUGCGAUUUUGAUCCCAUCACAUUUCGAAGUAAUCCGAUCGAGGUCUAUUUUUGUAGUUUUGGAGCGGGUCUUUGUUUAACGCCUAGGGGAAGGAGGAAAAAGAAGGGUGGGGGGGGGGGAGGAUUUUGGUUGUGUCACCUGCACCCCCCCCUCCCCCUUACGGUUCUGUAAUGAAUAGUGACUGGUCUCUCAUAGAGAGGAGUCAAUAAGUGUAACAAAACUAAUAUCUUGGUUGUGUUCUUCUUUAACCGGCAUUAAGAGGCUUUUUUUCAAAAUUGUUUUUGAUGGGUAAUCAUAGCAACAGUACCAGUUGUGAUAGUUUAUCAGAGCAAAAGUAAACUCUGUUGAGUCAUCAGACGUAACUAUGUGAGCCUCACUUUCAUUAUUGACGAGAGAUCAAAAUUGACAAAUUGGAGGAGAGGCUCAGAACCAAUACUGAAAAUUUCAGAAGGUCACUUUAAGAGGUGAUCCAGAUUUCGAAAUAAUUUAAGUAGAGCAUCCAUUAUUCACUAUUUUGCUGACUGUUUUGUGUCGUCGUGGCAAUGAUAAGAAAAUAUUUCCUCUAAAGGAUCAUUCGUCUUUACUUUAUGUUAUAGGGCAUGAAAUACCUUCACAACACCUCUGUCAAAUUCCAUGGCAACCUGACUUCGACUCGAUGCGUGAUUGACAGUCACUGGGUUGUCAAGAUCACAGACUGGGGUUUGCAUGAAUUCAAAGCUGGACAGGAGAAUACCAAGAGUUUGCACAAGAUGUAUUAUGGUAAGUCUCAUCUUUGCAUCGAUGCCACACUCGUGAGUUUGGAGGAGUCUGUCGACGUAUUUUUACAGAAUCGAUAUGUUGCGUUCGACUGGUGUUUACAUCAUUUUGAAUUAAAGUCAGCGAUCUAGUCUACAAUGUUCUCAUAUUUUUUCACUUGUGAAGUGUUUUUUUCUUCCCCUGCCCGUAGGCAACCAAUACAUGAAUAUGAAUCGUUAUUCACUUCGGUCGUAGACAGCUGCUAAUUUAUUACUCAGAAAAAUCGAAAACAUAUUUUGUAAACUUAAUCAGAGGUUUUCGUCUACUAAGUCCUCUGAAUCGAGAAGUCAAUAUUCGAUACUUGACCUACUGGACCUCUCCAACCAACUUCUAUAAACGAGGCAAAGACUAAGACAAAGACCAUAAGUAUGGCUGAUAAUUAAAGCAUGUUAAGAGCUUUUGUCAGUAAUAGUAGGUCAACAAAAGACACUGGCUAACCUAAUAAAAGACAUUGGCUAAGAAUCUAGCUUAUGGGUACAACCGUUUCUUAUGCCAUGUUAGAUCUCUUGUGGACUGCACCUGAGCACAUCAAUAUCAGUAAGGUGGAGCGUGAGGGGUUUUCCCAGAAAGGAGAUGUGUACAGCUAUGGAAUACUACUUCAAGAAAUGUCCUUUCGUUCGGAGCCUUACAGCAGAAAAAUGCUACAACCUAAAGGUGGGUGAACUGGGUUGGAUAGAAAUGGAUGGUGAAGUUUUCCGAGGUAUUUUUACCGAUUUUCUUCCGGAGCUACCCCAAUUUUUAGUCGCAUUAAGUGACUGGGAGUAUUGCUGCAUUCCAAAGACGGGAGGCUAGUCAAUCACUUGUAGAAUACAUUAGCGAUUUGUCAAUUUUCCCUAAAAUUUCACCGGUAUCUGUCUACACUCUUGCAUGGAGAAAGACAUCGCAACCGAAAAUUGUCCUGCCCCAAUUUACGUAUUCACCUUUUGCAAUCCUCCCCUUAAACAGUAAUAAUUCACCGUGUUGUGGCUCAUGAGGACCCUCCUUUCCGUCCUGAUGUUCCAUCAAUGGAAAUGAAGCCGGAAUACAUAGAGCUGAUGGUAGAUUGCUGGAAUGACGAACCCGAGGAAAGGCCGCAUUUUUACCGAAUUGUAGAGCGGCUCAAGAAAGAAAGUGGCAGGUACAUCUCAGUGAAGUACAUAAUUUUUUUAUCAUAUUUACCGUUUUAAGACAUACGGUUGGAAUAACGAAUAUGCACGUGACUCCUCCCCCUGCCAAGAAAAAUGAUUCAUUGUGAUAAAGAAAAGACCUGGAAUACCUGCACAAGUCAUAAGGACAUUAAGUUUGGACCCCCCUUCCCCACUUCGUCAGAAAUCCUAGGUACACCCCUGCAUCAGUCCUGCAUCGCAUAUAAUUUUCAUUGACAUCAAACCUGACACGACUUAUUUCCUCAGAGGAUCCAACAUCAUAGAAAACAUGGUGACUAUGAUGGAGAAGCAUGCUAAUCACUUGGAACAGCUGGUGGAGGAACGAACCAGGCAGUUAAAUGAGGAGAAAGAAAAAACAGAGAAAAUCCUCUACCGAUUGCUCCCACCGUAAGUAGAAAAAAAAAACACUAAAAGUUAGCUUGCCGUAUGCGACGACAGUCGUAAGAGAAAAGCAAAUAAUUUUCUAAGCAGAGAGAGGCCUAAACUUCGUACAGAGAAGGGACAGUGAGAUUUUCCUAAAUCAAAAAGUGUUGCGACUUUUCUGGACCAGUCAUGGAACAGAGUUGCUUCAGACGAAAAGUGUUGUUUAAACGAUUGAAUGUCGUACUUUUUUCUUGUAAACCCAAAUAUAUCACAAAAGCCAAUGAGAAAUAAGACAACUAUCACCAACAGCCAAUUAGAACUUGAAACGAAAUCACUAAACCUUACUCAAGCGCGACAAAAACGUGAGAAACUGAGCGCGAUUGGAGUAAAUUUUGUAUCUAAUUAAUUCAGAACAAAGAUGACACAAGUUUCUUAUCCAGUCAAAUGACGCAGUGAAGCAAAGCUAAAAAAACCCGGAUUUCUCUCGACACUCAGUUGAUAACUGCCCUGAAAGUUUUCUUUUCAUGUUCUUAGUUUGGUAGUGGACCAGUUGAAGUCUGAUAACACGGUGCAGGCCGAGGGAUUUGAGGAAGUUACCAUCUUCUUCAGUGACAUUGUCGGCUUCACUAAGCUGGCCUCCAUGAGUACCCCGCUAGAGGUAUGGAACUACACAAUGGAUGCUGAUAAAUCUUAACGUCUCUAUGCAUUAAAUCACAUGACUUACACCAUGGGGACUUGGGUCGGGUGUAGCGUUCAGCCAUAGUUAUGUACCAAUAGGCCAUUUCACAGUUGUGGGCUGAAGGUGACCUUGUUGUGAUGGAGACCAGCAUCUAGUUAGCAUGAUAACAAAGUAAUAUGCAUUUGGAAAGCAGCAAGGUUUGUAUCAUGACAAGGUCAACCUUGGCCUCACUCCUGUUCAAAGGCUUGGCAACCAAGCACACAGCUGUAAAAUGGACUAUUUUGGGAAGGUCUUGAUGAUUAAGGCGUCUCUCUAUGACUCCUAUGGGAAGCAGCUCCUCAGUGUGCGGAAACUUCGAAGAGAUAUUUGCCAAAGUUUACUUUGAAACAAUAAGUAAGAUCACUGGAUUUAUGAUGAACACAGACCUAUGAACAAAUACGCUAAUAGUUCUCUCUUUUCCCUUUGCAGAUUGUGGGCUUUUUGAAUGAUUUGUAUGUGUCCUUUGAUGAAAUUAUCAGUCGUUUUGACGUAUACAAGGUAAACUCACGUUGAGAAAAUUUACCUGGAAUUUGUAAAACGUGGUUUUGCUGUUGUUCUCUCCCUUAAAGUCCGUAGUAUCGAACCCAGCCUCUCUCUCCAGACCCGGAGGUUUUUCCGGCGUUUUUUCUUUGCCGUGAAAGAAGCACCACCUUUUAGAGGGUUUCGUGAAAAUAAAUAGGGACUGUAUUAAAAAACAUUGAAAUGGUAGUUUAUCUUUUUCAGGUGGAGACAGUUGGUGAUGCUUACGUUGUUGUCAGCGGUUGUCCUAAGAAGAAUGGGAUAAAACAUGCUAGUGAAAUUGCGAGCAUGGCACUAGAGCUUCUCAGUCACAUGACUGUAUUUCGUGUGCGACAUCUGCCAGACCAUCAACUGCAACUGCGAAUUGGCAUCAACACGGGUAGGAUUUCUGGACCUCUGAUUAGUUGUUCGCCUUUUCAUGUCAUCAUUUUCUUUCUGCAUUGUUUUUCUUCAUGAAGUCAUAGGUGAUCCCUUGUCCCUUUUUCCUUGAACUUGGCUGUUUAGAGCAAUUUUCAAUUCAGCGUCGAAAAUAAUCCUGUAUUGCUUUGGUUUUGCUUUACUUCGUUAUGUGGUUGGUCUAGAAAACUCGCGCUACGUUCUCAACCAAUCAGAGUCUUCCCACGCCAUAGGCGGUCAGGUUGUUUGCUUUGAAUUCUCAUUGGUUCUUAAAGGUAUUUCCCUUUCUUCUGAUUGGCCGUUGUGAUUACUUUGGUUUUGGUUUUUACGACACUCAAUCGAAAAGCACUCUAAUACUGAACCGUAUCGCAUGCAACUGCACUGACGCCGCGAUGUAGCAACAUAGGUUUGAACGUAUAACUUGCUUUUCAUUUUGAUUUGAUUUACAGGUCCAGUGGUGGCGGCAGUUGUUGGUGUGACCAUGCCACGGUUUUGCCUUUAUGGUCACACGGUCAACAUCGCAUCUAAGCUGGAAAGCACCUGUCUGCGUAAGUACUGCGCAUGCUCUAUGCGUUCCAUCACUCUGACCCUUAAGUGCUCUAAUUGGCCGUGGAAGGUCUGAUACAUUAAUUAGACCUUUGGCCCUUAACGAUAGAGUUAAUGAUCUUUUUCUGUGAACUUAUUUGGUUGAAUAUCUUAGAAACGUAUCGACCAAGUUUGAAGUAGGUAUUUAAGUUUUGGUAAUAUUUGUAUAUCCUUAUGAUGAUUCUCUUAUUCAUACAUUUCUCAAGCUUUGCGCAUCCACGUGAGCAGCGAGUCACAUUCGAGGUUGGUUGAAGUUGGAGGUUUUUAUCUAGAGGAGAGGGGACAGGUCCAGAUUAAGGUAAAAAAAAUAUCUCGGAGGUGAUAUAAGAAACUGACUAAAGGGACUAUUCUCCAUGCUUGAUUACACUUUAACAGUCAAUUAAGUUAAACGUAAAAAGGCAAUUUAUUUUUCUACCCGCCCCUCUGAGACGCGGUUCUCCAACUGUUAGACAAAUGACGCUCAAGGAAUUUUUGUUUUCAAUCCAUGGCGCACACUAACAGCGCUUCGAAUGCAACGAACACAGAUGGAGGCUCGGAACGUUUGAAAACCUGAGUAAAAAGAAUAAAGCAUUUUUCUUUCGAAUUAACUGAACCCUCUCCAAUUACGGUUUGCAAUUUUGUUUGUUUGAUAAAUCAAACUAAUGUUCUUCUCAAUGUACUUUCAAUUUCAUUUUAGCGGUUUGCAAAAUUGCGUAUUCCGACGUUUCCAAAUUGUUUUAAAUAUAGUGUCGUCCACAAAAGGCCUAUCGAUAUGUUUUCCGACGUAAACGUGCACAUCGUGUUUUUACACCGUGUUUUUUUCUUUGUCCCUAUUUGACAGAGGCAAGGACUGGUGACUACUUACUGGUUGGUUGGUAAAGAAGGCUUUGACAAAGCCUUACCCGACCCCCCACUGGACUUCUCAGAACCUCUGUUUGAAACUUUGGAUGUGUAUUAUGCCAGUUAA